UAAAAUGGAUAAGUAAGCUAACUAAUGUGAACAAGUCGAUAAAAAUCAGUGCCAUCUUUACGUACAAAUAUGUAAUGAAUUGUGAUCCUGCCUUUAUUUAUUUCUUGGAAGCUUUGAAGUGUCGAAAUAAAUAUUGGUUUAACCAUAAAAAUGUCUUCCGCUGCUAAAACACCCAGAAGCUGCUGGCGCAAGUAUUUUACAAUAAGGAAGGAAAAUGCAACCGCAAAAUGUAAAUACUGCCCAAAAGAGUUAAAAACAUGCAAUAACACUACAAACUUGAAACAGCACAUGGAAAGAAAACAUUCUGAUGUCUUACAAGCUGACGAGAAUUCACAUGAAGUUGAUGUCCAGGAUACUACCAAUUUGAGGCAUAAUGAUUCAUUGGUGCAUUCGCCAUUGACAGACACUGAGGCUUCGUCGUUAACUCCAAAACGGGCUAGAUCAACUAUCGGAGCGGCUUUUUCAAGAAUUUCAGCAUAUGCCUCAGAUGGAGAAAAAAAUAAACAAAUAACAAACAGCAUCGCAGAAAUGAUAUGCCGGGACAGUCUUCCUUACAAUAUGGUGGAAGGAACAGGAUUCAAAAAGCUAAUGAAAACUAUCGUUCCUUUGUACAAGGUUCCAUGUCGUAAAACUAUCACAGAUCUCAUUGAUACUAAAUAUGACGAAAAAAAGACCCUUAUUAAACAAAAAUUACGGUCUGUUAAAAACGUCUAUCUUACAAUAGAUGAAUGGAAGGAUAUGCAGUUAAGAAGUUUUUUAGGCGUGACUGUUCACUUUAUAGAACAUUUUGAAAUGAAAUCGGUGAAUAUCGCAUGUGAACCGCUUCAUGACAAUCAUACAGGCGAAUAUUUAUCGGAGAUGGUUCUUAAUGUUUGUGAAGAUUGGGGUUUGUCGCAUGACAAAAUUGUGAGUGUUACUACAGACAAUGGCGCUAACAUGGUUAAAGCUAUUGAGAUUACUUUCGGCAGAGCAAAACAUAUUCGAUGCCUAGCACAUACGUUGAAUCUAGUAGUUGAAAAUUCUGUGAGUUCCUCUGAUGUUAAACUUUUUUUGGAUAAAGUACGAAAAAUCGUAACUUGGUUCCACCAAAGUGAUGUAGGCGCUGAAGAAUUGCGACAGAUGCAAAUGCAGGAAAGCGUUGUUGAAGGAAAAUUGAAGCAUUUGGUCGGAGAUGUGUCUACAAGAUGGAACUCACAAUUAUUUAUGAUUGAACGUUUUGUGUUAAUGAGCAGCACAAUUGGAUCUAUUUUAAUAAACCAUCCGAAUGCACCCCAAAUGCUUCAAGCAAACGAAAUCGUUGUGCUCAAAGAAAUUGGAAAAGUUUUAAAGCCUUUUCACAAUGUUACCGAAGAAAUGAGCGCUGAAAAAUAUGUCACUAACGCCGACGCUACAAUGCCCGCCAAUUGA